AUGUUCAAACGUUGUCUCAAUCCUACCGACAAGAUGAUGGUGGAUGAGAUUUACAACGAGAAGGACGUCCAAAGACUCCGAGACAAGCUUCAACAGAUGAAGCAAAAACGUCAGCAACUUCAGGCUCUGCGAUCCGAGGUUUCCAAGUGUCAAGAGAAAGCUCAACAUCGUGUGGACGAAUUAUAUCUAGAACGACAACAUCUGGUGGAAGAAUUGGAAUCCAUUUUCAAAGAGAAGCGUGCCAUUCAUGAAUUCUUGGAGCUAUCUGACAAAUGGAACGUCAUCAAUGACAGCGUGCACAUAUGGCAUCAGGGACCCUUUGCGACCAUUCACAAUUGUCGAUUGGGUUCAGAAGCACCAGCGAUUUCCCCUCAUCCGCCGACUGAAGCGAUGCGACACAAACAGCAACAGCAACGACAAUCGGCACCCACAACACCGCCACGAGGAGGUUGGAAUCUGUUUGGGUCCUCUCAAGUCGCCAAUGACCCAUCCCCUCCUUCCGGCAAUCGUACAGCCAGUUCUUCUUCUGAUGUAUCCUCGAAUGGUAACGGUGAUAACAGUCAUGUCGCUGCCUUUUCUGUUCCCAAAGUAACUUGGCCCGAAAUCAAUGCUGCCUGGGGACAUGUAGUCUUGCUAGUUCAAAUACUCGCCCAACGCUCUCAAACCACUCUACCACAUACCCUCCAACCCAUGGGAGCCACAAGCAAGAUUUAUCUCAAUGGCGAUGCGAAUUCAGGUAUUUUGUAUAGUGUCCACUUUGAGGAAUCUUCGCUGUGGGGACGUUCCAAUUUGCGCAAUUUUCAUAUUGCCCUGAAUGGAGUCUGCGAUUGCCUGUGGCAAUUGGCGCAAUCGCAAACGGAUAAAACAGUGGCGGUUCCGCAUCACAUGGUCUAUGACAAGACGCAAGCAUAUUGGAAGAUUGGGGGAGUGGCCUUGGUGCAUUUGAAUCAAACCAGCAAUAACAACAACAACCAGAAUGGCUCUCCACCAAAUGGAAAUCAAGCGGGAGUGGACUUUACGCGGGCGUGCAAGUACCUACUGACAAACUUGAAAUGGUUGGUGGCCUAUUCCGUCAAGCAUCAUGCGCAACGAUAA